AUGACUGGAGGAGCCAGUGUGGGUGACGGGAGAGUCACAGGGCGCUACACGGAAGCUGAGACUACAAGUGGUAAACUACUGACUACAAGUGGUAAACUACUGACUACAAGUGGUAAACUGUUGACUACAAGUGGUAAACUACUGACUACAAGUGGUAAACUACUGACUACAAGUGGUAAACUGUUGACUACAAGUGGUAAACUACUGACUACAAGUGGUAAACUACUGACUACAAGUGGUAAACUACUGACUACAAGUGGUAAACUAUUGACUACAAGUGGUAAACUGUUGACUACAAGUGGUAAACUACUGACUACAAGUGGUAAACUACUGACUACAAGUGGUAAACUACUGACUACAAGUGGUAAACUACUGACUACAAGUGGUAAACUAUUGACUACAAGUGGUAAACUACUGACUACAAGUGGUAAACUACUGACUACAAGUGGUAAACUACUGACUACAAGUGGUAAACUACUGACUACAAGUGGUAAACUACUGACUACAAGUGGUACAAGUGGUAAACUACUGACUACAAGUGGUAAACUACUGACUACAAGUGGUAAACUACUGACUACAAGUGGUAAACUACUGACUACAAGUGGUAAACUACUGACUACAAGUGGUAAACUGUUGACUACAAGUGGUAAACUACUGACUACAAGUGGUAAACUACUGACUACAAGUGGUAAACUACUGACUACAAGUGGUAAACUACUGACUACAAGUGGUAAACUGUUGACUACAAGUGGUAAACUACUGACUACAAGUGGUAAACUACUGACUACAAGUGGUAAACUACUGACUACAAGUGGUAAACUGUUGACUACAAGUGGUAAACUACUGACUACAAGUGGUAAACUACUGACUACAAGUGGUAAACUACUGACUACAAGUGGUAAACUACUGACUACAAGUGGUAAACUGCUGACUACAAGUGGUAAACUACUGACUACAAGUGGUAAACUACUGACUACAAGUGGUAAACUGUUGACUACAAGUGGUAAACUACUGACUACAAGUGGUAAACUACUGACUACAAGUGGUAAACUACUGACUACAAGUGGUAAACUACUGACUACAAGUGGUAAACUGUUGACUACAAGUGGUAAACUACUGACUACAAGUGGUAAACUACUGACUACAAGUGGUAAACUACUGACUACAAGUGGUGCUGAACUGGUAAACUACUGA